CGCCAGUGAAUGUAGCCCCGCAGAGCCAAUGAGCUGGGACCGGAUGCGAUAUAUCCUCUGGGACAACAACUGCUCUGUUCCUCCUCAGAUCCACAUGACGCCAUUUACUGCUGCUUUUGCAGAGAGAUCACCCUGCCUCCUCCGGAAAGAAAAAGAGAGAGAGGGAGAGAGCGAGCGAGCAGAAAAACGCCGAGCCCCUACAGCUCAGAUCUCAAAUCUUCCUCCUCCUCCUCCACCUCCUCCAAACACACAACAACAACCACCACCACAAAUCCGCUGCGCUCCCAAAACACCCCCCCUCCCCCGAUUGCAAACCACCGAGCUGCCUGCAACACACACACGCUCGCAGAGGGAGCGAGAAAGCUAGAGAGGGGAGAGGAGCUUGCAGCAAGCAGCUUCUCAGCAGAACGGCUACAUUGCACAAGCUGCUUUUUUGGAGGAGCUCAGUGGAAGAAAGCUUUGGGAUUUUUGUUUUAGAUCCACUUUAUUUUGUUUUCUUUGGCUUUCCCCUUCCUCUUGAUCAUUUGCAACAGCAACAAAAAAGUGACUUGGUAUUCGCGAUUCGGCCUUCUGUUCAUUGAGAAAAAAAAGUGUGUGUGUGGGAAAGAGAGAGAGAGUGAUUUCUUUUUAAGAGCAAAGAAAACCCACCCCCAUCUGGAGAGGUGUUUUUAUUAUUAUAAUACACACACACAUAUUUAUAAUCGAUCUGGGGGCUGGAUUUAUUUGCAAACCGCAGGAAGAAGAAAAUACAAGAGAGAGAGGGGUUUGGUGCAGCGCCGCGAUCACGGAUUUCAGAUGUGUGCUAAGCCUGUUGGAGUGAGCACGCUUCAGGGCACUGAUGGAGACGAGAGCUCAGAAUGGCAGUGGGUCGCAGUCCUUGCUACAGGCUCGGCGUGACACUGGGAGGCCGCAUGGGGAGCCCGACCUGAGGGAUGUCCUGACGCAGCAGGUUCAUGUGUUGUCUCUGGACCAGAUCAGGGCCAUCCGAAAUACGAAUGAGUACACAGAGGGACCGACGGUGGCUCCACGACCAGGAGUCAAAUCUGCUCCUCGUCUAGCAACCCAACACAAAAAUGAAAGGCCUCAUGGCUUGCCCGAACAUCGUCAUUUUAGCCGGAUUCAGCAUACGCAAAUACAUGCUUCUUCGCGGGCACCUCUGUCCCGCUCCAUCAGCACAGUCAGUACAGGUUCACGGAGCAGUACAAGGACAAGUACGAGCAGUAAUUCCUCCGAACAAAGACUUUUAGGAUCAUCUUCGGGGCCAGUUGCUGACGGGAUCAUCCGAAUGCAGCCCAAGUCUGAGCUGAAGUCAAGUGAGCUGAAGCCGCUGAGCAAAGAAGACUUGGGAGCACAUACCUACAGGUGUGAGGACUGUGGAAAAUGUAAGUGUAAGGAGUGCACUUAUCCGAGGACCCUCCCGUCAUGUUGGAUCUGUGACAAGCAGUGUCUUUGCUCAGCCCAGAACGUGGUUGAUUAUGGGACUUGCGUGUGCUGCGUGAAGGGCCUCUUCUAUCACUGCUCUAAUGAUGAUGAGGACAACUGCGCGGACAACCCCUGUUCUUGCAGUCAGUCACACUGCUGCACAAGGUGGUCUGCCAUGGGUGUGGUGUCCCUCUUUCUGCCUUGCUUGUGGUGUUACCUACCAGCCAAGGGUUGCCUUAAAUUGUGCCAGGGUUGUUACGACCGAGUAAAUAGACCCGGGUGCCGCUGUAAACACUCGAACACGGUUUGCUGCAAAGUUCCCAGUGUCCCCCCCAGGAACUUUGAAAAGCCAACAUAGCAUCACUAAUCGGAAAUAUUAAAGUAAUAAGGAUUAUUUUAACAUACAUAUGCAACCAGCUAAGCAGCUAUGGUCUUGGCACUGUAGUAGAAGGGUUGGGGAUAUACUUUGCUGUUUGCAGUGAAAUGCUUCUCUGUGUGUGUGCCAUCUUAACUGAUAUGCUUGUUAGAAUCCAGCUAAUGGGAUACAGGAAAAAAUGGGAUACAGUACAUUGUGACCCACAUAUUGCAUAAGCUAAAGCAACACAGACACUCCUAGGCAACUCUAUUGUUUGUGAAUAGUACUUGCAAAAUUUGUAAAUUAGCAAAUGACUCCUUUUUUUUCAUUGUUUUCUGCCAGAGAUAAUGUGCUAUAUUUUUGUAUAUACAAUAAUAUUUUCAACUGUGAAAAAAUAAGUGGUGUCAUAAGGCAUGGCACAGUCACAAAAUAUUAUACUAAUAUGUUGUACAUUCGGAAGAAUGUGAAUCAAUCAGUAUGUUUUUAGAUUGUAUUUUGUCUUACGGAAACCUUCUAUUACAAGACUCUGAUUUCCCUCUGGACUUCAUGUAUAUUGUACAGUUACAGUAAAAUUCAGCCUUUAUUUUCUAAUUUUUUCAACAUAUUGUUUAGUGUAAAGAAUAUUUAUUUGAAGUUUUAUUAUUUUAUAAAAAAAUAUUUAUUUUAAGAGGCAUCUUACAAAUGUCACCCCUUUUUAUGAGGACGUCAUAGUUGCUGCAAAUAAGGGGUGAACGAUGCAUAUGUUCACUAUAAAAUAGAAAAUAUAUUAACGUUUGAAAUUAAA